CGGCCGAAGAUGUCAGCCAAGCCUGCCGUCGGCUUCGCGAGCGAGGCGUCUCGGCAGAUCGUGGCCGGCGGCUCCGCUGGCACUCUUCUAAGUUUCCAUGUGAUGUCUACAAUAUAAAUCGUGUUCUGCAGCCACCCAAUCAGAGACUUGGCAGGGGCCCAUUCCCGUCCUGGAGACUUUGCCUGACAGAAAAGUAUGCAACAGAACAAAAAUUCACAAUAAGAACCUGUCUUGUAGAAAUCUGCCUGAUGCACCCCCUCGAUGUGGUGAAAACCAGGUUCCAGAUUCAGAGAUGUGCAACUGAUCCAAACAGUUAUAAAAGCCUAGGGGACAGCUUUCGGGUGAUUUUCCGAACAGAAGGGUUGUUCGGUUUUUACAAGGGAAUUCUGCCACCCAUCUUGGCUGAAACACCAAAAAGAGCAGUGAAGUUUUUCACCUUUGAGCAGUACAAGAAAUUGCUAGGAUAUGUGUCACUGUCACCAGCAUUGACAUUUGCCAUUGCUGGAUUGGGAUCUGGACUAACGGAAGCCAUCGUGGUGAACCCUUUUGAGGUAGUAAAAGUUGGCUUGCAAGCCAAUCGGAACAAAUUCACAGAGCAACCAUCUACCAUGAGUUAUGCAAGACACAUCAUUAAGAAGGAAGGCUUGGGGCUCCAGGGCCUCAACAAAGGAUUUACAGCGACUUUGGGACGUCAUGGGGUUUUCAACAUGGUUUAUUUUGGCUUCUACCACAAUGUCAAAAACAUUCUUCCUGUCAAUAAGGAUCCAACCUUGGAGUUUUUGAGAAAAUUUGGGAUUGGUCUUCUCUCGGGUACAAUAGCCUCAGUCAUUAACAUCCCUUUUGAUGUUGCCAAAAGUAGGAUUCAAGGGCCUCAGCCGGUUCCCGGAGAGAUCAAGUACAGAACCUGUUUUAAAACAAUGGCAACAGUCUAUCAAGAAGAAGGGAUUUUAGCUUUGUACAAAGGCCUGCUUCCCAAGAUUAUGAGGCUUGGACCAGGUGGUGCAGUCAUGCUGCUGGUUUAUGAAUAUUCCUACUCAUGGCUUCAGGAGAACUGGUGAUUGCCUAGGAAGUGUUUCCCCCCUUGAAAUAAUGGAUAUUUCCUAUACAGCACCAUGAGAAGGAGAGGCUAUCAAUCAGCUAAGCUGAUGCAAUUAUUAAUUAUAAUUACACCAUUAUAUACAAUUCUAAAGGGGAAAACAGUUUGUUCAAGAAUAAAACCUAUUUUGAAACUUCCAAA